AUGGCCUCUCAUAAGCUUGAGCUUGCGGAAUUACAGCGUCGACUGGCUGAAGCAGAACAAGCACGACUCGAAGCAGAACGAGCACGACUCGAAGCAGAACGAGAGCGCAAUGAAGCGAAACAAGAGCGCAAUGAAGCAAAGGAGCAACUUGGGAGAGAGAAGGAGCGAGCUGACCGAAUUGAGGCGGACCAGGCGCCAACGAUCCUUGAGACAUAUCUCCAACUCGUCCAACAGCGGCUGGUGUCAACGUUGUUGAUCAAACCUGACCCUGCCAAGGCUGCAUCCGGAUAUGUUACAUCAGCAGACAGGAAGUACUAUCCACUAGCACUUUAUUCAUGGGAAGAUUUUCCGGAAAAACAUGGCGAAAUCUUCGGCCUGUUUAUGGACCUCUUCUCGGAUAAGCCACUAUUUCCCUCCAAAACCGAUGUUCUCGGUAUCCGGCGUGACCUCUCACCCACUACCCGCAAGGAUGAGCAGGACAUUCGACCCUUUAUCCGGAGCGCCAUUGAGAAACCAGCGCAACGUGUGGUGAUUGCUCACCUCCAACAGACUGGCAAUCCAAAUCGGUUUUCCUUCCGGAAUAAUGCAUAUAGUCUGGAGAGCAGGACCCCAGAUGAAGAAUCUGGCGAAUACGAAGUCAGGCCACUUUCCAAGAAGAGGUCCUAUGAAGGCAAAAUUAUACGGCCACUUCCUGAUCGUUGGGGCAUUUACGAAUCCACGUCUGGAAAUGUUCGCCGUGUGUGUGUGGGGGAGUACAAAGCAGCCCAUAAGAUACAGACCGAGGGAAUCCAAAAUGUUCUAACCACUUCGUCCUCAGAACUAUUCCUGGAAGUCCUUCGCCGAAAGCAGUCCGGAAGUGUCAAUUCCGAUUUAGAAAACACUCGGGAGAAGUCCUCGCCUCAGAACCUAUAUUUCUACCUCAUCCGGGUAACCACAAAGCCCCCCUCUGAAUUUGAAGUCCGAAAUGCGGCAGCUGCCCAGAUGGCAACUUUUACGACUCUGGCUCUCCGUUCAACAGAGAUGGGCCGCGAUUGGAUAACCAUGGCUGAAAACUGUGGCAUCUGUCAAUGGCCUCUUCUUCCUCCUAGCCCUAUUUCACGGGAUAUCACGUUGCGACCUCGAAAGUUUGAUGAAGAAACAAGUGAGAGUAGUGAAGAUGAAGCCCCUGGAGAUGGCGAUUACAAUCCACCAACUGACAGACGAGCAAAGUCUCGAUCCGAGCCAAAGCAGCAAACCCGUCAACGUCAUGCAUCGCCUCGCAAACGAAAUAUGACUCAGCGACUGAUUCUGCCAUAUUGCACGCAGGCCUGUCUUCUUAGUCUUGUCAAUGCUUUGCCUCUUGACCCAAGUUGCCCCAAUGUCAGCUUGCAUCAACAGGGCCAAACGUGCAAGAAUCGUCUUAUUACCAAAGAAGACCUCUGUGUCCUUACCAAGGAGCAGCUCGCCCGCAGUCUUGAUAAAGACUGUGAAUGCCUGGAUCGAGAGGGUUUGUUUGGGAGAAUUGGAGUGCUCUUCAAGAUCACCUUGACCAAUUAUGGAUAUACUUUUGUAGCAAAAGGCGUGCAGAGUGUAGAUGAGCCUGACCUCGCUCAUGAAGCCCGUGUUUAUACUCACCUAACUCAUCUACAAGGAAUGAAAGUCCCAGUCUAUCUGGGAAACAUUACCCUUGAGCGGCCAUAUCCCCUUGUUAGCCUUGCACGUGUCACACAGAUGAUGCUGAUGUCUUGGGCUGGGACAAGCAUAUGGAGAAAAAGCUGGCCGAAGGAUAUUGACAUCGGAGUGGAAGAGAAGGACACACUACACGCAUUGGUAUCCUCUGGCAUCAGUCACAACGACGCACGAGAGGCAAAUCUGGUUUGGAACCCGGAGCAAAAACAGGUGAUGGCAGUUGAUUUUGAUCAGGCUACGAUUCACCGCGUUCGAAAGCGAAAGGCAGCCUCCCCUCCACUACCACCGAAGCCGAAAAUGAUUGGGAAUGAAAGGAAACGAAAUACACAAGCCGCGUCUCAUACAGGGAUGAGUGAGUUUGGCAAGGAGAAUAUGAAUCCUGCGAGUCUUGACGACUAAGUACUUCAUUACCCGCCCUCAGUUCCUCGGAUGGCACUGCUCCAUUGUUGCCAACUUUCUGUCAUUUCCUUAUAGUGGCUUCAAGGUAGGUGGGUAGCUAGAUGGUGAUGUUUAUUCUCAUAGAGAUUGAUUGGUCAUUGAGCAGGCAGGUUGGGUGGUAGGUAGAGAGGUGGAUAGGAUAGGUAGCUCAUCUCUUAUUGUAAUAUUGACAAGCCCGUUACGACAACCU